GACACCAAAACCCGAAAAAAACUGUUCACGUUAUGGGUUAGUUGUAUGUGCGGCACGGCUAAGUUUCGGUUCUACUCGCUACUUACAGAGAAACGAGAUUAUACGCAGUGGGCAAGGCUGCUUUUCUUUUGCUCGUUAUUCUUCUCGCCAGGCGCCCGUCACUUUCCGUUUCAUUUAGCCUAUGUUUCGCCCCCUACUCAUUUCAAGGAAACCGAAGUGUUGUGACAUUCAAGUCAUUCAUUCACCACAAUGGCAGCGCAGGAUUUUAAUUUCUUGCUGGCGACAGACUCUUAUAAGAUUACACACUACAAACAGUACCCUCCCAACAUCAGCAAAAUCUACUCCUACUUUGAGUGCAGACGCAAGAAGGGCUCCCAGUUUAACGAGGUGGUAUUUUUUGGGCUCCAGUACCUGCUGAAGAAGUACCUUACUGGCCCAGUGGUCACAGAGGAGAAGAUUCAAGAGGCCAAGCUUUUUUACCAGAUGCACUUCAAACAGGAUGUAUUCGACGAGGAGGGCUGGAGGAAAAUCCUAGAGAAAUAUGAUGGUCGUCUCCCUAUUCGAAUCAAAGCUGUACCUGAGGGCAAGAUCAUACCCAGAGGGAAUGUGCUCCUCACAGUGGAAAACACAGAUCCUGACUUUUUUUGGUUAACCAACUACACUGAGACCAUGCUGGUGCAGAUGUGGUAUCCAAUCACAGUAGCUACCAUCUCCAGGGAGUUUAAGAAGAUCUUGGCAAAGCAUCUGAAAGCCACAUCAGGGAACUUGGAGGGCCUGGACUUCAAGCUGCAUGACUUUGGCUAUAGAGGAGUCUCCUCACAGGAGUCAGCAGCAUUAGGAGGGGCAGCUCACCUGGUCAAUUUCUGCAGCACUGACACCGUUGCAGGACUGCUGAUGGCCCAGCGCUACUAUAGCUGUCCCAUGGCUGGCUUCUCCAUUCCAGCGGCAGAGCACAGUACAAUCAUUUCCUGGGGAAGAAGCAAGGAGAAGGAGGCCUUCGAGAGACUGCUGGACCAGUUCUCUACAGGGCCGGUGUCCGUAGUCAGCGAUAGCUACGACAUCUUCAAGGCCUGCAAGCACAUCUGGGGAGACAAGCUAAAGGAUCGUGUCAUGGAGCGCAGCCAGGACUCCUGUCUGGUCAUCCGGCCUGAUUCAGGAGACCCCGCUGAGACUCUCAUCCAGGUCAUCAAGAUUCUUGAAGAGUGUUUUGGUUGCUCAGUAAACUCUGUGGGUUACAAGGUUCUGCCUGCUUACCUACGCAUCAUUCAGGGAGAUGGCAUUGACCUCAACUCAGUAGAUGAGAUCCUGCAGAAGCUGAGUGAUGAGGGCUGGAGUGCUGAGAAUGUCUUCUUUGGUUGCGGGAGCGCCCUCCUUCAGAAGCUCAACAGAGAUACACUCAGUUGCGCCUUCAAGUGCAGCUAUGUGGAGACCAAUGGCAAGGGGAUGGACGUAUAUAAGCAGCCCGUGACAGACCCCUCCAAGGGGUCAAAGAGGGGUCUUCUGUCGCUGAGAAGGAACUCUGAUGGCUUUUUAGAGACAUUAGAGAGGGGAGUGGGCAAACCCGAGGAGGACCUGUUGGUGACGGUGUUUGAGAAUGGCUCCCUUCUACAGGACUACUCCCUGGAGGAGAUACGCAAGACUGCGCGACUGUGGGAGGAGGAGGUGAGCCCCAACCAGCACAACCAAGACCACAAGCAGCCUGAGAACCUGGAGCUUCUUCAGAAGCAUAUCCUCAAUGGCCUGCAUUAAUCAACACACAACAUCUCCUGAAUGUUACGUUAUUGUAUUUUACAGGGUGUACUAAUAGCUAUGGAGGCUGAGAAAGCGCACCUUUGAUGCGCACUGCUGCAUUAGUACACAAUGUGGGCCUCAGUGUUAUAUGAAAAGACACACCAGGGCACAAUAUAAACUAAACCUCUUAUGAGUGGAAUGCUGGAGUCUCUCCCAGCGGUCACCACCUUACCUCCUCCUGACAAGGCCUAGAAUGAGUUUGUGCUGAUAGUUAGAAUUAUAUUUUUGUUAUUAAUCAAAGGCCAGCGGCAAAACUAUAACAUAGCCAUAAAGCUGUGGGUGACAAUGUGAACAUGGUGUAGGGUGAGGGCUGUGUGUGUGACUAUGUGUUUUCUGAUAAGCAGUAUUGGGGCAGUUAAUGGUUAGGGGAGGGAUGGGAUGGGGUUAACUUCAGACCUAGAUCUGUUAACACUCCAAAUUCUCAACCAUUCUUUAUGCAACUGAUGCACAUUCAUUUUAUUAUUUGUGUUAGCGCUCAGUCCUGGACAAACAUUCUUGGACAACCGCAGUCAAAACUCAGGGUCAAAUUGGAUAAUCUCAUUCGGUUAAUUGUUGCCUUAAGGUUUGUCCUUCUUUUUUAAAAAAAAAUCUCUUAGAUCAUAAUCUGUCCAUGCAAUCACUGAAUGGCAUGCCAAUAAUACGACAGGAUACGUAACAUCUUGAGUUUUAAUCUUCCCUUGACUGUUAGUCAAGGGACAGCCCAUUACAAAUACCCAAGGCUCAGCGUUUUCGGUUUUUACCGAUUUUCACCGAAAAAUACCCAGAUUUUUAAACUGAUUUUUACCCGGAUUUUAUGUUUCCACGGAUCCAAAAGUUGUUCCUGUUCGUGUGAGGUUAUGUAACAGUGUCCCCUUGUGGCGAAAUUCGGCAUGCUGGAUGGCUUUGAAAAAUAAAAACCGAAAACGCUGAGCCUUGCAAAUACCCAAGCUUUCAAAGUCCCGGCCUUCAGGCUUAUGAAGGUUAUGUUUUAGUCCCUACAGGACACCAUACCAGCACAGCCUGGAAGCAUAUUCAUGUUUGCCAAAAAUACAAGUCUGGUCUCUUAUCUAAAAUUUUCUGACGAUAUGCAACAGUCUCUAUAUAAUUCAUAAAAUGAAUUGUAAAGAGGAAAAUAAAUAAUUUGGUUUUUGUGAGGUUUGUGAAAACCGUUUUGUCAUAAUCUCUGGUUUUGCAAAUAUGCCAAGAAUGGGUGUGUGAGUUUGAUGACACCUUUUGGAAAAUUCAUUGGUUGGAUCCAGAUCUCUUGGCCAUCCAUACACAGCAAGACGUAAUUUCAGUGCAUUCUGAAACAUAAAUAUGCAGGAAUGAAGGGUAAUCAUGAAGUAAGACAUUUCAUAAGCUUUUUCAUUCACUUCUCAUGAUAUCCCAGUGCUUCUUUGAACGUACUGCCUUAAGGGAAGUCGAAACGAAAUGUGUUGAUGGGCUGUUUCCGCUAUUUAUUCCACUGGCUGUUUGCUAACUCCACAAAAGCUCAUGAAGUGGUAUUAUCAAUGUAAUUACUUGCUUUUAUGUCAAGUAUAGUUUUGCUUCCAAUAAAACUGCAGUUGAGAUGCAGACACAGAGACAUGCAGAAACUACACUGCUUGCUUACUUGUCGUCAUAUUCUGUGUGCAUCCUAUAUUAUUGUGUUUUAUUCUAGAUUUGAAUUAAGGAAAAAAAAUAGCUAGAGUUUAAAGGGCAAUCUGGCCAAGAAGCUAACUAUCAGAAUUUAUGUAGGAACGAGUAAGUCGCUGUUAAAUCACAGUCAUUUGUAUCAAGUGUAGUAUAAAGUAAUUAAUUAUCUGGCCACACUGUUGCAAUGCUCACUUUUACACCAAUAUUUCACUCUUCAUUCUGACAGAUUCAAACAAUUCAGAGGUUCCGAGUAGCUCCCUUUAGUUUAACGCCAUUUCUCUAUUUAAACGUAGUGUAGCGUUGUGGUUUUUAGUUGAAAGUCUUCCAGUGCACCUCCUCUGUUUCACGCCAACAUUUGUCACGCGAAACACCUUUCCCUUGACCGGGUUUGAGAUAUGUGUUAUUGGGGUUUUGGUAUUAAAAUCUGGGACUUCUUUUCAUUUUUGUCGUAUUCCAGGGACAUGUCAAGUCGCUGAUACUCAGUCAUGUGCCACGUUACUCAGGUUUUCACUCCAACCAUGUGCCAGCAGAUUUCACUAAAUCUUCCUGUGCUGUCUGGUUGAAGGCGUCCUGAUUGGGCUGGAAGGAAAGGUCACCAUGGUAGGCCCAGACAGUACCAUCGAAGGCUGAUAGGGCAGACGUUCAAAUGAGACGUCGGCCCGAGGUUAUCUAGAGUCACCAAAGCGGCCCGGGACACCGCACGGCCCUCUGUGUCACAUGAUUGAGCAUCAUCGUUAAAUUAUUUCAGAUUGCCUUUGUAUUUAAAAAAAAUUUGUGUUAAUUUUUAAACUUUUCAAUGUUUUUCUUUCUUUUCUUUUUUUUAAUGAAGUUGAAGAUGCUGUUAGAAAAUACUUUUUCCUGUUACCUCCGGCUUGGUCGGGCGUCCCUACAGACACAAUUGGCCGUGUCUGCGGGUGGGAAGCCAAAUGUGGGUCUGUGUCCUGGUCGCUGCUCUAGCGCCUCCUCUGGUCGGUCGGGACGCCUGUUCGGGGGGGAGGGGGAAGUGGAGGGAAUAGCGUGAUCCUCCCACGCGCUACGUCCCCCUGGCGAACCUCAUCACUGUCAGGUGAAAAGAAGCGGCUGGCGACUCCACAUGUAUUGGAGGAGGCAUGUGGUAGUCUGCAGCCCUGCCCGGGUCGGCAGAGGUGGUGGAGCAGUGACAAGUGGGGUAAUUGGCCGGAUACAAUCGGGGCGAAAAAGCGGGGGGGAAAGAAAAAUCCAAAAAGAAAAAAGAAAACUGUUUUUCCAUUCCGUCAUGGGAUUGACAUGCAGAAAUAACUGAUUUGUUUUCAUUCUGAAAAUUAAAUCUCGAGCGGUCGACACUCUGCAACUUGCAAACUGGGAUUUGCUUUGCCGGUGUCGUUAACCCGUGUCGUUCCUUAUUAUAAUUUGAGUUCGACUAAUUUCCAACGCAAAAUAUUUCACUCAAAGCCAAAUUAGGCACUUUUCGGACAUCGAAGAAGAAUAGUCACAAGCCAGAUGAGUCUGACCAUUUGAUCACAAUGAUCUGUAUCUCUCUACCAGGCAUCAGUUUGCUUGUAUGUUUAUUUUAAUUUAUUCUAAAUACUCUGUGACACACUGGCACAACAGUGUGUUUGAUUCUGUUUCGAGCUGUCGCUCUUCCUUGUGUGAUGUCCACUGCCUGUUACUGUUGGGAUUUUAUGCUCAUGUUUAGUGUAUGUUGAUUUGCAUUGUUGUAGUAAUGCAGUCUGCCACUACAUAUGGCCAGGAUGAUGAUUAGCAUUUAUUAUCUAAUAUUCUGUGUUGAUAUAGGUCGAGCACUAAUUAUUUAUAUGACCCAUUUUGACUUCUUUUGUAAAUACAUUUCUGAGGAGGAUUUGCUCUUGAUUGAUGUUGUUUGUGAUUAUUUCCAUUUGUAUGUGUGCUUUAUAAAGCAACACUUUUUAAGAUGAACAGUGAACCUAAUGCUCUUGCCCCCCUGUGUGAGGAAUAUUACA